GAAAUAUACACAUUUAAGAAAAAGAUGUUAUGUUCAUCGUAUGAAGUGUACAAAGGAAGUUCACUCAAAAUGGCACGAUCUCGGAGUGAGAAGCCACUUAUGGAAGUCAAUCUGAGCUCAUUAUCAAAGAAGAAUAUGGCAGUAUUUGAGCAAUCGCAAAAGACACCCGCUGUUUACGCUCGUCGUCAGCGCUUUACAGGUAAAUCGAGAUACGAGAUGGCGACGGGUGAAAAAACAGCACAAUUGGAAAGAGAAAACUUCGGUAGUAAAAAUCGGGUUUUCUCACUACCAGACGGUACGCGUUGUAAGGCUAUCCAGCGUGGAAGAUCUUUUGUAGUUUCGGAUACCAAGACCGGAGAAACACUGGCAACAUUCGGUAAAAGUGUGUGGUCGUUGAGAAAACAUGGUGUUCUGCGCAUGUGCGCAAUUGAACGCGAUAAUACGUCUGCCACCUUUAUAUUCAUGGCUGUGGUGAUUCUCAUACGUUCUGACAAAAGAC